UCGGCGGCGGCAGCGGCAGGAUGCGGGCGGGCCGCGGCGCGGCGGGCGGGGAGGCGGCGGCCGAGGAGGAGGCGGCCGAGGCGGCCAAGCGCGGCGGGGGGGCGGCGGCGACGGCUGGGCGGGCGCGGGGCCGCGGCGGGAAGGGGUCCCCGAACGGCGAGUGCCGGCGUGGGGAGCCGCCGCGGAGCCCCGGCCCGGAGCCGCCCCGGGAGCCCAAGGUCUCCUUCUCCUGCGGCGGCGGCGGCGCGUCUCCCGGCGGGGCCAAGGCGGCCGAGGAGGGGGCGAGCGAGGAUGCGGGCGAGGAGGCCCGCGGGAGCCAGGCCAGCUUCAUGCAGCGGCAGUUCGGGGCGAUGCUCCAGCCCGGCGUCAACAAGUUCUCGCUGCGGAUGUUCGGCUCGCAGAAGGCGGUGGAGCGGGAGCAGGAGCGCGUCAAGUCGGCGGGGGCCUGGAUCAUCCACCCCUACAGCGACUUCAGGUUUUACUGGGACUUCACAAUGCUGCUCUUCAUGGUGGGCAACCUGAUCAUCAUCCCUGUGGGCAUCACCUUCUUCAAGGAGGAGACCACGGCGCCCUGGAUCGUCUUCAACGUGGUCUCCGACACCUUCUUCCUGAUGGACCUGGUGCUGAACUUCCGGACGGGGAUUGUCAUUGAGGACAACACGGAAAUCAUCCUGGACCCCGAGAGGAUCAAGAAGAAGUACCUCAAGACCUGGUUUGUGGUGGACUUUGUCUCCUCCAUCCCUGUGGAUUACGUCUUCCUCAUUGUGGAGAAGGGCAUAGACUCGGAAGUGUACAAGACGGCCCGCGCCCUCCGCAUCGUCCGCUUCACCAAGAUCCUCAGCCUCCUGCGGCUCCUCCGCCUCUCCCGGCUCAUCCGCUACAUCCACCAGUGGGAGGAGAUUUUCCACAUGACGUACGACCUGGCCAGCGCGGUGAUGAGGAUCAUCAACCUCAUCGGCAUGAUGCUGCUGCUCUGCCACUGGGACGGCUGCCUCCAGUUCCUCGUGCCCAUGCUGCAGGAUUUCCCCCAGAACUGUUGGGUCUCCAUCAACGGGAUGGUGAACGACUCCUGGAGCGAGCUGUACUCCUUCGCCCUCUUCAAGUCGAUGAGCCACAUGCUCUGCAUCGGCUACGGGAAGCAGGCGCCCGAGAGCAUGACGGACAUCUGGCUGACGAUGCUGAGCAUGAUCGUGGGGGCCACCUGCUACGCCAUGUUCAUCGGCCACGCCACCGCCCUCAUCCAGUCGCUGGACUCCUCCCGGCGCCAGUACCAGGAGAAGUACAAGCAGGUGGAGCAGUACAUGUCCUUCCACAAGCUGCCCGCCGACUUCCGCCAGAAGAUCCACGACUACUACGAGCAUCGCUACCAGGGCAAGAUGUUCGACGAGGACAGCAUCCUGGGGGAGCUCAACGAGCCCCUGCGCGAGGAAAUCGUGAACUUCAACUGCCGCAAGCUGGUGGCCUCCAUGCCGCUGUUCGCCAACGCCGACCCCAACUUCGUCACGGCGAUGCUCACCAAGCUGAAGUUCGAGGUGUUUCAGCCGGGCGACUACAUCAUCCGCGAGGGCACCAUCGGCAAGAAGAUGUACUUCAUCCAGCACGGGGUGGUCAGCAUCCUCACCAAGGGCAACAAGGAGAUGAAACUCUCCGACGGCUCCUACUUCGGAGAAAUCUGCCUGCUGACCCGCGGCCGGCGCACGGCCAGCGUGCGGGCAGACACCUACUGCCGCCUCUACUCGCUCUCGGUGGACAACUUCAACGAGGUGCUGGAGGAGUACCCCAUGAUGAGACGGGCCUUCGAGACUGUGGCCAUCGACCGCCUCGACCGCAUCGGGAAGAAGAACUCGAUCCUGCUCCACAAAGUGCAGCACGACCUCAACUCAGGCGUCUUCAACAACCAGGAGAACGAAAUCAUCCAGGAGAUCGUCAAGUACGACCGGGAGAUGGUGCAGCAGGCGGAGCUGCAGCAGCACACCGCCAUGUACAGCCCCGUCCAGCCCCAGGUCACCUCCGCCAUCGCCACCCUCCAGCAAGCCGUCGCCAUGAGCUUCUGCCCGCAGAUGGCCAGCCCGCUGGUGGGCUCCAUGGCCCUGGGCUCGCCCCGCAUGAUGCGUCGCUUGCAGUACGCCCAGGCCGUGCCCAGCCCCUUCGCCGUCUCCCCCGUCUUGCUGCAGCAGAGCCCCCCGCAGCAGCCGCAGCCCCCCGUGCCCCACGCCAACCCCUCGCCCUCGCAGGACCAGGCGCAGCCCGCGGCCCUGCCCGCCUCCACCAGCGCCUUCGCCGCCGCGGCCGCCGCCAGCCCGCCGUCCCAAAGCCCCCUGGCCAGCCGGACGUUCGCCUACGGAGGAGCCCCGGGGCAGCUGGGCUCCCAGCUCUCCCUCAGCCAGCAGCAGGCGCCCGGCUCGCCCCAGCGCCUGGCCGCCCACAAAAGCACACAGGCGCUGCCCACCAGCAGCCUCAGCCAGGAUUCGCGGCCCCUCUCGGCCUCCCAGCCCUCCCUGCCCCACGGGCUGGCGGCCGGCAGCACCCAGAGCCCCCCGGCCUCGGCCCGCGAGUCCUGCUCCUCCAUCGGCGGGGGUCCGGCCGCCGCCUCGCCGGGUCCCGGCCCUUCGGCCGUGCUGCGGGGUCCGGCGCCCUCACGGGGGGCCGCGGCCCACCCGGCCUCCACGGGCUCGCUGCAGGGGGGCCCCCCCGCCCUGCCGCAGGACUCGGCGGCCGCCCGCAAGGAUUCGGCGGCCAGCACGCCCGACACGGACCCGGCCAAGUCCAGGCUGUCUUCCAACUUGUGACCUCCGCGCCGCACCGGCGGCGGGGACGAGUCCGGCGGAAGAGGGAAGGGGGCUGCGGCGGCCGGUCACACCGGGUGAGGGCCGCGGCCGCCCCACCGGCUGCCUCCCCCCCGCCGCGGCGCCAGCCCCGCUGCCUCCCC